UUGUACUUAAUUUUUUCCUUAUUUAUUUGUAGGUAAUACAACAUAAAGUAGUAUUUGCUUAAGUAAAAGCAACAUAUAGCUAUAAUAACAUAAUGCUAAUUGAAAAAAGUCAUUGCCUUUAAUAACAAUUUCAGCUAUAUGAUUUAUUUUGAGAAUGGGUUCCAUACUUACAAUAGGCUAUUUCUUUUCUGAUGCAACAAGGAAAUUGAUAAGGAAACUUAGGACUAUUUUCCAAUGCCUUUACAAAUGUCAUUACUUAAAGUGCCUUUAUUAUUAUGCAGUGGUUAAAAAUAUGUCAGAACACAUGUCAUCAACUGAAAGUCACGAAUCUGAACAAAUAAGAGUUUUAACUCUAAAUAAUGGAGAACAUCUUGAUGGUAUAUUAUAUAGAUUAAAGAAAGGUUGGAGAGUAGAAUUUCGUUUAGGCGCUUCUCUUCUUGGGAGAACUGUUGAUCUUUUUAUAAAUUAUCCUUUAGGAGAAAAUAAAAAAUUUGAAAGACAUACAUAUUAUCUCUUAGAAUGGAUUAAUGAAACAGCUAAUAUAUGUUUAUCUCUAGCUGGUUCAUUUCAUUAUUAUCUUAUAGAUCCUAAUUCUGAAGGUAUGAAGCCUAUUGCUUCUGGAUAUCUCCUUGUAGAUCCAGAACUUAAAAUAGGGGAACAUGGAAAUGAUUUACCAUUAGAUUGUAUUCAAUGUCAAACUGUUCUUGCAAAAUGUUUAGGAUUAUUUUCUACCUGGGAAGAUAAAUUACUAGUUGCUAAAAAUUCUGGAUAUAACAUGAUUCACUUUACACCAAUUCAGGAAUUGGGAUAUUCUAAAUCUUCUUAUAGUCUUAGUGACCAAUUAAAAUUAAAUCCUUCUUUUAAUGAUGAUAAUAAAUCAAUUACAUAUGAUGAUAUUGAAAAAUUAAUUAAUAAAAUGCGCAAUGAAUGGAAUAUGUUAAGCAUCUGUGAUAUUGUUUUGAAUCAUACAGCAAACGAAAGUCCUUUUUUGGUAUCUCAUCCAGAAUGUACAUAUAAUUGUUUGAAUAGUCCUCAUUUACGUCCUGCAUAUAUUUUGGAUGCUGCAUUAUUUGAAUUAACAGUGCAAGUAGCUGCUGGAGAAUGGGAAUUUAAAGGUAUUCCUUUGAUAGUUGAAACUGAAGAACAUUUAAAUUCAAUUCGUCAUGCACUUCAUACAUAUUUUUUGCCGCUCAUAAAAAUACACGAAUUAUAUAUAAUAGAUAUUAAUGAAACUAUUGCUGAGUUUUUGAAUUUAGCACGAAAUCAAAUGCCUCAAGACACUAUUGAAUCAUCAGAAACAUCAGAAGAUAUUAAAAUAAUACAAGAUUCAAAAUUUCGUAGAUUAAAAGCAACUAUAAAUAUGCAACUUGCUUUACAAAAAUAUAACAUAUAUAGAACUGAUUGUUUUGAUGAAGAGACUCGUUUGAAACGUUGUGCCGAGGAUUUAAGAAAAAAAUUGCAAGAACUUAAUAAUAUAAUCAUUAAUGAAAUACAAAAUCAUUUAAAUGCUGCAGUUGAAAAUACAAUUGCUGGUAUAAGAUAUUUUAGAGUGCAAAUUGAUGGACCUAAACUUAAAGAAAUAAGUGAAAGAAAUCCACUAGUUCCUAGAUAUUUUACUGAUUAUGGAGCACCUAAAACAUUAACUGAAAGAGAAGCAACAAUGUACUCAGAUGCAGGAUGUUAUCUAAUGGCUCAUAAUGGAUGGGUAAUGAAUGGUGAUCCUUUAAAAAAUUUUGCAGAUUCUGAUUCUAAUGUUUAUAUAAGAAGAGAACUUAUUGCUUGGGGCGAUAGUGUAAAAUUGAGAUAUGGAGAUAAACCAGAAGAUUGUCCCUUCCUAUGGCAGCAUAUUAGUACAUAUGUUGAACAAACAGCUAAAAUUUUUGAUGGUAUUCGAUUAGACAAUUGUCAUUCAACUCCUAUUCCAGUUGCAGAGUACAUGCUUGAUGUUGCUCGUCGAAUCCGUCCAGAUUUGUAUGUUGUUGCAGAAUUAUUUACAAAUUCAGAUCAAAAAGACAAUAUAUUUGUUAAUCGUCUUGGUAUCACUUCUUUAAUCCGAGAAGCUAUGUCUGCAUGGGAUAGCCAUGAAGAAGGUCGAUUGGUAUAUCGAUAUGGAGGUGAACCAGUCGGUGCAUUUUUGCAAUCACGUAAACGGCCUUUAGUACCAAGCAUAGCACAUGCCCUUUUUUUAGAUUUAACUCAUGAUAAUCCUAGCACUGUGGAAAAACGUAGCGUGUUCGAUUUACUUCCAAGUGCUGCUCUUGUAUCAAUGGCAGCAUGUGCUAGUGGUAGUAAUCGUGGAUAUGAUGAAUUAGUUCCUCAUCAUAUACAUGUUGUAGAUGAAACAAGACAAUAUUCAUUUUGGACAGAUGAUGAAUGUUUGAUAGAUGGUAUCAAAUUUGUAGGUUUUAAAACAGGUAUAAUUGCUGCAAAAAAAGCAUUAAAUGAUUUGCAUUAUAUUCUUGGACAACAGAAGUUUUCUCAAGUAUUUGUUGAUCAAAUGGAUAAUGACAUAGUAGCUGUAACAAGACACUCUCCAACAACUCAUGAUAGUGUAAUUUUAAUUGCUUUUACUGCUUUUAAACAUCCUGAUCCUAAUGCUAAUGAUUUGAGAAGACAUGUAAAACCAUUACGAGUAGAAGGUGUAGUGGAAGUUAUUUUGGAGGCAUCCUUAUGUCAUAUAGAAGCAAAAAAUGAUAUCUCACCUUUCCAUUAUUCUGAAAAAUAUGUACGAGAUGAAAAUUAUAUAAAUGGUCUCUCAGAAUAUAUUGUAAAUCUUAAAGAACAUAUACAAAUUUGUGAUUCAGAAAUUUUGGAAAAAGUUGAUUCUGGUGAUCCUAAAAUAACUCAGCUUAAUUUCGUAAAUUUUCAACCAGGUUCUGUUAUUGCUAUUCGUGUAUCUCUUCAUGCUAAUAUAAAACCAGCUCUUGCAAAACUCCAUAAUACUAUUUCAAUAAUCACAUCACAAAAAAGUUCGGACAUACGCGUUAUUGCUUCACGUAUGGAUUUGAUAGAUUUAAAUAAGGCUUUAUAUCGAUGCGAUCAGGAAGAACGCGACGAAACUUCAAACAGAUUUGACGUAUAUAAUAUUCCAGGAUAUGGACCACUUGUUUAUGCAGGAUUGCAAGGUAUUAUUUCUUUAUUAGCAGAUAUUCGUCCUAAUAAUGAUUUAGGUCAUCCAAUGUGUAUUAAUCUCAGACAAGGUAAUUGGUUAAUAGAUUAUACUUGGCAACGGUUAAAAGAAGAUGAUGGAACAAAAGCACUUGGAGAAUGGCUUGAAGAAGCUACUGAACCAUUUAAAUUAAUACCUCGUUAUUUAGUUCCUAGUUAUUUUGAUGUUAUAGUUGUAAAUGUUUAUAUGAUACUUCUUGAACAAUGCUAUAAUCUAAUGUCAAGCUUUGUGAAAGAUGGUUCUACUUUUGUCAAAAUCCUAUCUUUGGUUUCAAUACAAAUGGGAGGAGUAAUAAAAUCAGCUCCAUUACCAGAUUUGUCACCAAAUAUAGAUUCUCCUAAACCAAAGAUUAAACAAUAUAAUGACGAAAGUGAACAAAUAUGUAUGACAUUAUCUGCUGGUUUACCACAUUUUACAACAGGAUAUAUGAGAAAUUGGGGAAGAGAUACAUUCAUUGCUUUAAGAGGAUUAUUGAUAUUAACUGGCAGACAUACAGAAGCACGAUUUAUUAUUCUCGGUUAUGCUGGAACUUUACGACAUGGUCUUAUACCAAAUUUACUUGAUAAAGGAAAGAAUGCUAGAUAUAACUGUCGAGAUGCUUUAUGGUGGUGGUUAUAUACAAUUCAAUGUUACAUACAAGAAGUGCCAAAUGUAAAAAUUUUAACAGAUAAAGUUUCAAGACUGUUUCCAACUGAUGAUUCUCCUCCAUUACCUGCAGGACAAGUAGAUCAGUCAUUACAUGAUGUUAUUCAAGAAGCUCUUUUAGUACAUUUUCAAGGACUUUGUUUUAGAGAAAGAAAUGCUGGAAAACAGAUUGAUGAACAUAUGACAGAUCGUGGUUUUAAUAAUCAAAUUGGAGUACAUCCAGAAACAGGAUUUAUAUUUGGUGGAAAUGAUGCAAAUUGUGGCACAUGGAUGGAUAAAAUGGGAUCUUCUGAAAAAGCUGGUAACAAAGGAAAACCAGCUACUCCAAGGGAUGGCUCAGCUGUAGAAAUAGUGGGUCUCAGUAAAAGUAUUCUUAGUUUUUUAGCUGAAUUAUAUAAACAAAAUCUUUUUCCUUAUGGUAGUGUGCAAAGAAAAAAUCGUGAUGGUUCUGUUGUAACAUGGAGUUAUAAACAAUGGGCGGAUAAAAUUUCAUUAAAUUUUGAAAAAUAUUUUUAUAUUAAUGAAAUAGCAAGAGAAGGAGAAUUAAAUUUAGAACUUAUUCAUCGGCGUGGAAUUUUUAAAGAUAGUCAUGGAGCAACACAAGCAUGGGCUGAUUAUCAACUACGACCUAAUUUUCCAGUUGCAAUGGUUGUUGCUCCAGAGUUAUUUAAUCCAGAACAUGCGUGGACAGCAUUAAAAAAAGUAGAAGAAAUCUUAUUAGGACCACUUGGAAUGAAAACAUUAGAUCCUGCAGAUUGGGCAUAUAAUGGAUAUUAUGAUAAUUCUAAUGAUAGUGGAGAUACUAAAUUAGCUCAUGGUUGGAAUUAUCAUCAAGGACCCGAAUGGAUUUGGCCUAUGGGUUAUUUUCUUCGAGCUCGAUUGUAUUUUGCUCCAUUAAUUGGUGGAAAAGAAGAAUUAUGCCGUACAAUUGAAUCAACUGAAACUAUUAUUUCUCGACAUUUUAUAGAAGCAUCUACAAAUCAUUGGAGGGGUCUUCCAGAACUUACUAAUAAAGAUGGAGAAUAUUGCAAAGAUAGUUGCAGAUCGCAAGCUUGGAGUGCUGCUUCUAUCCUAGAAGUUCUUUAUGAUUUACAUAAAAUCAAACGGGAAUUGCGUUCUGAGGAGAAUGAAAGAACGAAUUGAUAUAAUUUUGCGUGUGUUCACCACCGCCAAUUACACUUAGAACAUUUACGAUUAGAAAAAGAACGUAGUAUUAGAAAUAAAUAUCACGAUAAUAAAUGGCAUAUAUUUAACACAGCUAUAGAAACACCGAGCACGGAAACACACGCAUUUGGUAUUUCGCACAUAGACAAAACUAGUAUGCCACCGUGCAAACUUAUAAAGGCUGAUAUGACACCUACAAGUGAUGAUUUUUUAAUUCAAGGACUUAAAGAAAACGAAAA